ACCGGCCGGCCACCGCAGCAACCACCGUCCUCCGCCUCCAUCAGCCGCUCACUGUCCAUGUAAAACCGCAGCUGCUGUCUUACUCCCAGAGUCCCUUCUUCUAAUGGACUCACAAAAGCCCCCCAAUUCCCAACCAAUGCGAGUCCUCAUUCGACCACCAAUCCCACCCCCUGCCCCCGCCUCGCUUCCGCCUACCCUAAACGGAGUUGCGGUUGUCGGAUUCAUUGGGAAACGUCAGGCCGAUGUCACGGGCUUAAUCAAUAGAAUUAUCGACUCCAAUGUCUUCGGGUCGGGGGGUUUGGACAGGCCAUUCCGCAUCGAGAAUUUGGGAAUCGGGGAAGAAGUCAAGAGCUGGUUUAGGUAUAGGGAUAUCAGCUAUUACCACGAUAAUGAAAAGGGGAUUCUGUACUUGCAGUUCUCGUCGAUCAGGUUUCCUGUGAUGGAGGAGCACAUGGGAUCUCGAAUGGGUUUUGAUUCAAUAUUGGAGGACUAUGAGUUUGGAGAUCUUCAGGCUAUGCUCUUCAUUUUCUCUGUUUGCCAUUUAGUAAUUUUUAUUCAAGAAGGAUCACAUUUUGACACCCAAAUACUUAAGAAAUUUCGCAUUCUGCAAGCUGCCAAGAAUGCAAUGAAUCCAUUUGUCAAAUCACAAACUGUGACACCUUCAUCAUCUGGCUCACAUUUUUCAUCUCCAUCACGGACUUCUAGAUCAGAAACACUGUCUGACAAUCAUUGUCACGUUAAUAGCCGAGGUGUUUUCAGUCGCAAUACUUCGGCAAUAACAUUAAUGCCAGGGUCAGGUUCUUAUGCUUCUUUCUUACCAGGGCAAUGUACUCCAGUUACACUUUUUGUUUACCUCGAUGAUUUCUCAGAUAAUAUUCCUGGAUCUGGUGUUGAGAAGCCAGUGGAAGUUUCCUUUCUUAAUCAAUCAUCACGUUUGAAUGGUUCACUGAGGCAAAACUUGCCUGCGAAAGGACCUGGCUCGGUUGUUGUGCUUGCACGCCCUGUUAAUGAAUCUGAAGGUGGAUUUAGAAAAAAAUUGCAAUCAUCCCUUGAAGCACAGAUCCGCUUUUCAAUUAAAAAAAGUCGGAUACUUUUGGGAUCUGAAAGCAGUCAUAGAGGUAGAAAUGGUGCUUUGGCAAACUCAGCCGCUUUGUUUUCCCUAGAUGCUUCAAAGGCUGUUGUGCUUGUAGAUAUAUCUUCAAUUCAGAAAGGUGAAGUGCUUGAAUAUGCUUCCAGCAUCGUGGAAGAUAUUCUAUGUGGGAAGGCAUCUUCAGAUGAUCUUUUGAUUGAAUGCCACAGCAAUAAUGCGACAAGAGACGACGUUCUUUCUGUCAAGGAGUUCAUCUUCAGGCAGUUGGAUAUAUUAAGAGGAAGAGGGAGCAUGGUUUCCAAUACCAAUAGUAGUUCGGCUACUGGCAUAGGCAUGGUUGCUGCUGCCGCUGCCGCUGCCUCCGCUUCAACCGGGAGAACUCUCACUACUCCAGAACUUCCAAGUCUUGAUAUCUGGUCCUCUUCCAGUCAACUUAUUUUACAUGCUAUCCUCUCUGCUCAGCCUGGAUGUAUAGAUAAAACAGAUAGCAGUAAGGAGAAAUCCCGUCGGCAGAAUUCUGUUUCACCACCCAUUGAAGGCAGUGCAUCAAAAGUUAGUGAUCCUCUUGAAACUGCAUUGUAUUAUUUAUCAAGUUGUAGAGAAUUGAACACUAGAUUUUCCACUUUAUGGUGCCAAAGGGCCCUUCCUGUAGCUAAGGACGUAUACUUGAAUGAUCUGCCUCCACGCUAUUCUACUUCUCAACAUAUUUCCCAUUUGGAAAGAGCUCUGUGUACUUUUCGCUCAAUGGUCAAGGGGUCUGCUUUACAGUUGUAUGUGAAAAAGUUAGAAGAUGAAUGCACAUCCAUCUGGAGUUCUGGACGACAACUAUGUGAUGCACUCAGCCUUACUGGAAAACCAUGCAUGCAUCAGAGACACAAUGAUGAAUUUGGCACUCUGCAUUCCAGUGGAUAUGUUUUCCUUCAUGCAUGUGCUUGUGGACGUUCAAGACGGCUACGAUCAGAUCCUUUUGAUUUUGAAACAGCUAAUGUUACUUUCAACUGUUCUAUGGAUUGUGAUAAGCUACUUCCCAUGCUACAGCCUCCUUGUGGAGGCGUUAUUGGGCCAGUUCAGCCUUCUUCAUGGAAUUUAGUUCGAGUUGGGAAUGCUAGGUAUUAUCAACCGUCCAAAGGUCUAAUCCAGAGUGGUUUUAGUGCCACGAAUAAAUUUCUUUCCGAGUGGUCUAUCCCGCUUGAGAAACCAAAGCAGUUAAAAGUUUCACCUAAAAGCAGCAUUCAGCAAGCCUCUUCCAAACCAUUUCAUUGUAAUUCCAAGAAUGAUUAUAAUGCAGGAACAAAGGUGGACCAGGUUGUUAAUACUAGGUUCCAGGAUAAAGAAAUGCAAAGUGAAGUGAAGAUACAUAGAAAACCCUCCCUAUGUGAUCUUAGAGGUGAAGAUAAGACUAAUAACUUUGGUAAAAAACUAUCCAAUUUUGCUAUGAGGAAACCUUUUUCUGAGGUUGUUGCUGGAUCAGGGAGUCCAGAUUCAGCAUUUCCUCCUCUCCAAUCAAAAGUGCAACCUCAGCAGUCAAUUGAGAAGGGUAUGAAACCACAAAGUGCUAAAGAUGGAGAUAGAGAAAAUGCUAAUGAAAUCAAUGCUGCUCAAGAAUCUGAAAAAAUACUUGUUCCUGCUGUGGAUAAAGCUGUGAAUUACAAUGUUACUCUUAAUGGCUCCAGUAAAGUCAUUCCAUUUUCAGAUAGUGAUACAUUUCCAAUGCGCAUAAACAGUGCUGCAAAGACUAAAACAAUCACCCCUUUGAAACAUGCAAGCAUCUACAUUGGAUUUGAGCACGAGUGCCCUCAUGGGCACCGGUUUAUAUUAUCCUCAGGUCAUCUUAAUGCACUUGGCUCUCCUUAUUUGGUUACUGAAGAAUUUGAUGCUCCUUUGGAGCGCGAAGAUCAUAAAUUGGCAGAACCUCCCAAAGCGGGUAAGAAUGAAGGUCAUGGUAAAGGCCACCGUCAAUCAAAUGGAUUAGUUUCUGCUGCAUCUAGUAGAGUUAGAAACUUCGAGAAGUCAAAAGAGAGAACAUAUAAUUGCAAUGCAUAUGUUAACGGACAACUGCAGUCUUCCAAUCCCCUUAAAGAACGAACGAGUGUGGUAAUAGGUGCUGCUUCUGGAAAUGAUAUUGAACCUGGACGUCAACCUCACAGGCUUGCUGCUGCUGGGUGUACUUUAUCCUUGUUGAAUAGAAAUUUGCCACUAUACAUGAACUGUCCAUACUGUAAGGACUCCAAAAGCAAGAAGGAUCAGACAGAGGCUAAAUUUGCAGGCAGUGUUUCACAGCUUCAGAGGAUUUUUGUGGUUACACCUCCAUUCCCUGUUGUCCUAGCGGUGUGCCCUGUUAUACAAUUUGAGGUAUCAUGCCUCCCGCCAUCUAUUCCAGACCGUGAAACAAAAUUGCAGUUUAGCCUUAGCUGUCCAGUGGUUUUGGCCCCAGACAGUUUCCUGUCACUUAGGCUUCCCUUUGCAUAUGGUGUACAAUUGGAAGAUGGAACUUUGCAUUCUCUUAAGCCUUUUGAACACCAGCCUGAACUUACUGCCUGGAUUACCAGUGGCACAACACUGAAGGUUGUCUCCAAUGAUAGCAUUUGUGAGCAAGGAUUUCAGACAUAGUUAAUGGACUUCCAGUUUGGAUGAUGCUAAUUGAUAAAUUGAUUGCAAUUGUGGAGUUCCAGUUUUCGGAUAAUUCCUCCACUGCAGGUUUCCUUCACUUCGGAUCCCCAUUUUUCAUACAAGAAGGAAAAAUGGAAGUUUACCCACUUCACUAAGUAGAGUGAAUGUCUUGCUCUCAGGGGGUUCCACUAUCCAGCUGCAGUUCAACCAAGACAAUGGCCGAUUUGCCACAAAUUUAGAAGGCUUUUCAAAGUUCAGGUAGAUCCAAUCCCAAUUAACCUUCUUCUGACUGAGACUCGCUUUUCAUGUGGGGAGAGAGGCAAAAAACAGUACAAAAUCAAGCAUUAAUGUGGGGCCACAUCCGGAGUUGACAUUGGAUUGGGGUGAGACGGCGGAUCAUUGUUUCGAAUGAGCUGUCUUGUUCUUUUUCAACAAGAAACAAUUCUAUGAGUUGCUGCCCGUCUUCAGUGGCUGCAUGGAACAAGAAAGUUCUAUUCGCCACAAGAGUUCUUCGGGAAAGAAGAAACCAAAACAUCCUGGAGUGGAAAGGUUGGAACAAUCGACUAAAAACUUCUUAGUCUUCUGGGUAACAAACAACUAAAAACUUCUUAGUCUUCCGGGUUAGUAACAUUUCAUCUUUGUAAGUAUAUGUAAUGAGGGUGCCAGAAAGUUGUUUCUGAACAAAUAGCAGCCUGCAGUUGAUCAAUUUGCACUAUAAGUGUACUAUUGUUAUUAUCUAUUGAUAACUCCAUCAUUUCUGAUUGCUUGUGUUUUGUUAAGAAAUGAGAAGAAAAACACUCAGAGUUU